AUGUCCAACUCUUCUAAACAGCAAGGCACUGUUGAGUCCGAAGUCGAUGACUAUACCAUCGACCCAAAAAUUGAGAGAGCAAUUUGCUGGAAAUUCGAUCUAAGAAUAUUACCCUUACUAGCUAUCAUGUAUCUUUUCAAUGCCUUGGAUAAGGGUAAUAUCUCGAAUGCUAAGACCGACGGUUUGGAUAAAAAUUUGGGUAUUGAAGGGCAGCAAUGGAACAACAUGUUGUCUAUUUUUUAUGUGCCUUUCGUUUUGUGUGCAUUUCCAUUGGCUUUGGUUAUAAAGAAGUAUAACGCUGCUAAUAUUAUACCUGUCUUGAUGUUCACUUUUGGUUCGAUCAGCUUGCUAGAGGCAACUGCUUUCAACUACGGCUCAUUAAUGGCUGCAAGAUGGUUUUUGGGUAUCUGCGAGUCGGCAUUCUUCCCUGGUAUUAUUUUCUACUUAAGUACCUUCUACAGGCGUCACGAAUUAGCCAGGAGAUUGUCUAUUUUCUAUUCCGCUGCAAACAUUGCCAAUGCGUUUUCCGGUUUGUUGUCUUACGGUGUCUUCCAAAUUAAGAAUAGUAAGUUACACGGAUGGCAGAUUCUCUUCUUGAUUGAAGGUGCGGCAACGGUGAUCAUUUCUGUGUUUGCCUUCUUAUACUUGCCAAGAAGUGCAGCAACAGCAAAAUUCUUAAAUGAAGAAGAAAAGGAGGUUGCCAGAAAGAGGGUUGAACUCGAUUCUUCGGCCAUCCAGACCGAAAAGUUGUCGAUCAGAGACGCAAUCAAAGUUUUCAAGCAUCCAGUUUGUGUUGCAUGGAUGCUUCAAGAAAUUCUCAUUGGUGUUCCAUUGAACUCUAUCAACAACUGGUUCCCACAAAUUGUUGGGUCAUUGGGUAAAGGUACUGUCAUGACCAACUUAUACACCGUGGCACCGAACGUGUGGGGUGCUGUUGCAUUGAUAAUCUUGUGUUUCAUGUCAGAUCUCACUCGUGUCAGAUCUGUGUUCAUUGUGGUCGGUUUGGCCGUUACUUUGAUUGGAUUCGUUGUCUUUGGUUGUAUCGACACCAAAACUCACAUUGGAGCAGCAUACUUUAGCUGCUUUUUGAUGACCACUGGAGGUUCGGUCUCCUCUGUUUUGACCUCAACUUGGUAUAACAACAAUACGCCGAAUGAGAACAGACGUGCUGUUAUUUCUGCAGUUGGUGUUCCACUUGCCAACGCUGCAGGCUUAAUCUCUACAAACAUUUUCAGGAGUAAAGAUGCUCCAAAAUAUGUUCCAGCCUUGGGUAUUACUGCAGGUUUUGGUGGUGCCGGUAUCUUGAUGGUGAUCGGUAUCUUGGGGUACAUGAUUUUUGACAAUCGCCGCAGAAAUAAAAAUCAAGGAGUCAGUUUGACUUAUCGUGACGUUCCUACAUCGGAGCUAUACGACGGACCAAGUAAUCCCAACUAUAGAUGGAUGUACUGA